AAAUAAGCCAUUAAAAUGGUUCUGCUGAAGGCGGUGGGGCUUCAAAGUUCAAACGGAAGAAAAUGGAAGUAUAGCAGAGGAGGAGCUAAGAAGAUGGGUAUGGGUAGGUAUGCUUUGCGGAGUCGUCUAGUUUUUCUUUUCUUUGUUGUUUGCAUUGCAGCCGAAGCAGUAAUGGCGGAUGGAAAUCGGGCACGAAUGCCUGGUUUCAUCUACACCAGAAACAGAGGACGGUGUACUCCCCAGUUUUGGAGCAGCAGAAGGGAGGCAUGGCCGAAGAUGAUCCCACAAGCAUCGUCAGUGUCGAAGGUGUUUGGAUCAAGAGCAUUGGAGCGAUUCAAAUAUGACCUUACACUUUUAGAAGCGACGCAGAGGAAUGAUGACGGAGGUAAUGCCUUCUCGCGGUUGCUGAAGCAGUCAAGCGCAGCGCUCCUAAACUCAUAUGCGAGGAAAGGUUACCCUUAUUCUGCUUGGGAAGUUAAGACUCUGCUCAUCCAAGCCCUUGUCUCAGAAGAAGCUGCAGCUCUUCAAGCCCAACGUUUCUCCAUUGCUAAUCAAGUUUGCAUUUAGCUGAACAAAAUUUUCUUCUUGGUUGUUUCUAGUGUCCCUUUUAAGCCUUAGCUUUGGAUUAUGGAUCUUUAAGUCUCAUUAUGGUCUUUGAACUCCUAAUGUAAAUUUUAUGAAGAAAAAAAUCUUUGUUCCUCA